GCGGCGAGACGGCCGCCAUGCGCGUACGAAGCGCACAUGCGUGAGCGCAGCGCGGCAUGCGCCCGCGCCGGCCCCGGCCCCCGAGCCCGCGCCGGCCGGCUCCUGGAGGCGGCCCUCCUCCUGGCGCUGCUCGCGCCGCACGCGGCCUGGACGCCUCCCGCCGACCCCGUGCUGUUCGACGUCUCCCCGGCGCGCUCCCGCUCGCCGCGACACGCGCCCGGCGCCAUCCGGCACCUCCACGUGCUGAGGUGGCACCUGGAGCUCCAGGAAAACCGGGCGAUCCGCUCGCCCUACUACGACGAGUGCCAGUUCUACACGGGGCGCGUGCUGCACGAGGAGGACUCGACGGUGACGGUAACGGAGUGCGCGGGCCGGCUGUACGGCCUGCUGCAGGUGGCCGGCGAGGACUACGUGGUGCAGCCGACGAGGCCCGAGGGCCGGCACGUGCUGCGGCGGCGCGACGUGCGCGUGGCCGACCAGCCGGUCGCCUACAACCUCACCGACGACACGGUCGACGAUCUCGAGAUCGAUUUUGACGACGAGCGGCCCUCGCCCGUGCCCUUCGUCCACCGGCGGUCCGGCGACGAGUCGGAGUCUGAAAAUGAGUACUUUCGGGGCGUGCAGACCGUCACGCGGCCGGUCACAGGCGUCCGGGGCCUGUGGCUCGAGCUGGCCAUCGUCGCCGACUACACGAUCCUCAAGUUUCACGGCCGCGAGAGGGUCGAGCACUAUAUUUUGGCCAUAAUGAAUAUCGUCAGUGCCAUCUUCAACGACCGCUCCCUCGAUUCGAACAUGACCCUCGUCAUCAACAAGCUGUUCCUGUACGAGGAGAGGGACUCGGUCAUAAGGAACGGGAACGUGCAGAAGUCGCUGGAGUCUGUCAACAAGUGGAACUAUAAACACCUCAUGAAGCUCCCGCCAGGUAGUACAGGCUGGGAUGCUACAGUAUGGCUGACGCGUUCGAGACUCGGAGGUCCCUCGGGCUACGCCCCCGUGGGUGGCGUGUGCACCCGGACCAGGUCCGCAGCUAUAGGCCGGGAUGAGGGCCUCACCAGUGCCUUCGUCCUGGCCCACGAGAUUGCACAUCUGCUGGGCGUGAAACACGACGGUCCGGGUCGGUGCGAGGCGGACAGCACCCGAGGGUCGGUGAUGGCGUCGACGGUGCUGGCCACGCUGCACAACUACGCUUGGUCCGCCUGCUCCAGGCAGCAGUUCCAUGAGAAAGCUGAGAAACUAUGGUGUCUCCAUGAGAGAAGUCAGGACGAGGGAGUGGUGCUGGGAGGGAGCAAGGCGCUCUCCAACUACGUAUUCACCAUGGACGAGCAGUGUCGGACAGAGUUCGGAGAAGGGUAUUCUGUAUGCAAGUCAGUGAACCUGUCCUCACCCUGCGCCGGCCUGUACUGCGCGCACCGCGACCUGCCCAGCGUCUGCCGCUCUAAGCGCGCACCGCCGCUCGAGGGCACGCCGUGUGGACAUAAUCGGUGGUGCGUGGACCGAGUAUGCGAGGUGAUGCCGGGUCGGCGAGCAGAGCACCGGGUGGACGCACGCCCGCAGUGGGGGGAGUGGGGGGAGUGGAGCCCGUGCGAUGCACACUGCGGGUACGGCCUGCGCACGCGCAGCCGACGAUGUCGGUAUAGAGGCAGGUCGACGUCAGCGACAGCGUGCGAGGGCGCCGGCUCGCAGGUGGCGACGUGCUGGUCCGGCGUACCUUGUCCCGCCGGCCGCGACGCCCGCACCGACGCCUGUUACCGCCGCGCCAGAACCUACGUACCGCACAUACCAGAGGAAGAAUCUCGGAGCUGUGAGUUGUGGUGUACGCACUAUGACGGCGGGGAGCCUGCCAACUUUGGCUAUUUGCCAGACGGUGUCACCUGCAACUACACUAGACCUUACGAUCUAUGUUACCAGGGCACAUGUGUGCGAGGGCAGUGCAACUCCACCGACCCCGCCUGCAACUGGUGUCCAGAUGGCUACUGCAACAAUCACACGCAGAUCAACCAACGGCAACUGGGCAAAGGUUGGACUCGAUUAACUCUGAUACCCCGCGAGGCGAAUCAAAUCUCAGUACACAUAUCCACCCCCAUACUCUUGAACUUAGCGAUACGCGAGAUGAAACGCGAGAGGCCCACCAUAGAGCUGUUCAAACACUCGAGACGCUCCGAGCUGGAGAACUCUCAGGACAAUUACCUGAAAUACGACCCCAGCGUGCCGCAGAACCUGCAAAUUAUCGAGGUGGAUAGCAACGUGAUCGACAUAAAGGAGGACCGAUACAUGUGGGAGGGACAGGUGGUGGCGGCCGGGAGCCUAAUACACUGGAAACUCACCGACACAGACGUCUCCGUAACAUCGUCGUCGCGCCUUCAGAACGAUUUAAUGAUAAUGGCCAUAGCGAAUCAGUCAGUGGGGGACGAGCCGAUAUUGUUGGAGGUGUCAGUCAACUACAGCACGCCGGCCGGCCGCACCAGACCUAUGGAAUAUAAAUGGUUUGUGGAGCGCGGUCCGUGCUCGGUGUCCUGCGGCGGCGGCUUACGCAAGGUCCGGCCCCGCUGCGGCAGGGACCAGCAAUGCGGUCCUACCACCUACGAGCGCUGCAACAUGCACAGUUGCCACUUCACAUGGGCGACUGGAGAGUGGGAGGAGUGCAGCGCCACCUGCGGCGACGGCGGCGUGCAAGAGAGACAACUAUACUGUGUGCCUGAUAAUAUAAGCAUACGCAAGCACGAGCUUAUAAGGCGCAGUGUGUCGCCGGCUUUAUGUCCGGGGCGAAGGCCGGACAGGCAGCAGCGGUGUAACCGGGUACCUUGCCCGGUUUACUGGCAGGAGCUACCCUGGACUCAGUGUUCCGCCACCUGCGGCCGCGGGGUAUCCUACAGGCCGCUGGUUUGUCCUGGCGGCGACGACCUGCUAUGCGGCCCCAAGCCCCGCGAACGACGCCGCCGCUGCCGCCUGCGCCGCUGCCCCUCCCGCCGCGCUCCAGAGUGCCCCAACAAGGACGGCACGCAGUACUGCGAGCUGUUCACACGGGAGCAGCUGGAACGGAACUGCCUGCUGCCGCCGUUUAGAAGCUACUGCUGUAACACCUGUAAAGCCGUGCACAUUAUCAACGGAGUUCCAUAGAUGAAUUUUUGUAAUAGUAAGUAAAUACAAUAAAUAGCCAAGUCUCUUUCGUUCAGCAUCUUGAAAGAAACUUUAGCCGAGUUUAAUUUUUGAAAAGUUAUUUAAACAAAGUUACAUUGUAACCGACACUGUUGAUGAACUUAUGAAAAUUUUGUAGUAAUUUUUUUCAAGAGUCUUGGCUUAGUUUUACAUGGUUACUAUAAUAAUAAUUGUUGGUGCCAUUUCCAUAACUUUAUCAGAUGAGUUUUCUAAUAUGAAUAGUACAAAAUGUUAGUAUCGAGUAUUUGCAAUACAUUUAAGAUAUUA